CUGUGUUACUAUUUUUAGAAAUGGUCACAUUAGAAAACGAGCAUUACUUAAGGACCAUUCUGCUUUUGUGUGAAGGUGGUGCAUAUAUUGCCAAACAUGUUAUAGGUCGAGAGCUACCAAACCAUGGAGGGGACUUAGACGCAUUGUUAAAACAAUACAAGAAUAAACUCAGACAUGAAUUUCAUGAGAAACAAAUGGAAAAGUUAUUUCCAAACAACGGGUAUGACAGAACUGACGUCAAUAAAUGGGAUAUCCAAAUGCUUAUUGGCGUGAUGCUUCUCCUGUUCCGUAAAUCACUGAGUGAUGAAGAAAAACAAAAAAUGAAAGAAAUCAAGCUCAUUAGGCACGAAGUUCUAGCACAUAGUCCAUCUGCAUCAUUAUACUUAGAAAAAUAUGAGGACGUGCAAAAAGACCUUAGAGAUGCGAUUAACACAUUAGCUAACGGUUUUGACCAGAGUAUCAAGGACAAAUGUAAAGAAUACAUUAAAACUUACGCAUCUGAACCUUUGGAGGUAAAGUCUGCAAUUAAGAGAUUACAGGAGGCGAAGGACACUGACGCCCUAUUUCAAGAAGUCAUUACUGUUAUUAGAAAAUCACAGGAAACGUUGUCAAAUGAAAUACAUGCAGUUGAAAGUACUGUUAGGCAAGACUUAAAAGAAACACAGCUAGCUUUCUCUAAAGACCUUAGACAGGAGGUAGGAAGGACAAAGGAAAAGUUAACAGAUAAACUGAACCUUGUUGAGGACAAUGUCAGGCAAGAUGUUAAAACAACGAAAGAAAAACUAGCAGAACAAAUGGAGAAAAUAGAAGGAGCCGAAUGUAAUACUUUUCAGGCUCUGACUGAAGUUAGCUCUCAAAUCAAAACUUUACAGCAAUGGUUGGUAGAUAAUUUAAAAGAACAGCGGAACAGAACCAACGAAGAUUUGAGCAGUAUGUCGCAACAAUUACAGCAUAAGGCUGAAGAAAUUGAGUUCAAAGUACGAACAUACGACGAAACAUCUUCACAACCAAUCGACAGAGGCAACGCAGGCAUACAGAAUCUUCAGCACGUAUCAUUUUGUCCAGAACGAAUUUUAAAGAAGAAAACCAAGUUGUUGGUAGCUGCUAUUGACUUCGGCACAACUUACAGUGGUUAUGCAUAUUCACUUCGCCGCGACUACGAGGAAAACCCUCUUCGUAUUGUAAUGAACAGGUCGUGGACAGUGGGAUCUAGCGGAUUAAUGUCUAUGAAAGCCCCAACAGCCAUUCUAUUUGACCCAAAGAAAAACUUUGACAGCUUUGGAUUUGAUGCAGAGGAUAAAUACUUUGACCUCGCUUUCGAUGAUGUGCAUCAUGACUGGUUCUUCUUUAGACGAUUUAAGACAUUUCUCUACAACAGAAAG